AUGCAGACAAAACACGACCUCCAGCCAACCUCCUUCGACAAACCAGAUACCAAGCGUGCAAGGAUAUCUAAGGAAGAUGCCACGCUUCGGAAAAGGGCACCAUUGAGACCACAGACCCUCCCAACAGACAUCUACGUAACAACAUCUUCCAGCUACAAGGGCCAACUCGCACGCGCCAAAAAACUCCUCGUUGAAGACGGACAGCCCUUCAUCGUCCUCCAUGCCAUGGGCGCAGCGAUCGAACGGGCCAUUGGACUCGCCAUGGGGAUCAACACUGCCUGUUCGGGACAAGUCCGCUGCCAUACCGAGACUGCCACGGUCGAUUUGGUCGACGAUAUCAUCCCUGCUGACACGGAAAUGGACUUUGACACCAACACUCGCCAGAAUUCUGCGGUCCAUAUCAGGAUAGAGAUGUUGCAACCCAUGCCUGGAACUCAGCGGGAGCAGGAUUACUUUGCUAGUCUGCAUGGAAACCGGAAACGGCGGUAG